AUUCCCUCUACCUAGUCGAGAAAGUUAGUGAAAGCCAAGGCAAGCAAGAGAAAACGAAGAGAAAAGCAGAUGGCAUUUUCAAGGUUGUCUGAAGAUGUAAUCGCUCAAAUCAUCUCUCUCACCACUCCACAAGAUGCUUGUACCAUGUCGUCCGUCUCUACCAACUUCAGAUCGAUUGCAGAUUCAGAUCAAGUGUGGGCUAAUUUCUUGCCUCCUGGCUGCGAGAACUUGAUCCCUCAAAUAUCACCGAAAAAGGCUCUCUAUCGCCAUCUCUGCAAUCAUCCAGUCCCGAUCGAUGGCCGGAACGUGAGCUGGUCACUGGAUGCGAGGAGUGGAAAGAAAUGCUUCAUGAUUGGAUCAAGAGAGCUGGCGAUCACAUGGGGAAAUGACCAGCGUUACUGGAGAUGGAUUGAUGAGCCAAAUUCCAGGUUUGGUCAAGUGGCUCAGCUCUGGAUCGUGUGGUGGUUUCACAUCACGGGAAAGAUCGAAACGAAGAUGCUGCCGCCAAAGACGACCUACGCGGCAUACCUCGUCUUCCGGUUCGAAGACUACAAGAGGGGAUUUCAUCGGCCCGCGGCGUCGCGCGUGUCGGUCGAAAGCGGCGAGCACGGAGAAUGGCCGAACGUGAUCCUCGACCCCCAGGAAGGGGAGCCUCGGUCGGCCCGCGAGCGCGGAGACGGGUGGCUGGAGAUCGAGAUGGGGGAGUUCUACAACGAGAAUGGAGACGAUGGGACUCUGGUGUGUUGUCUCAAGGAGGUUGACAAUUACACUGCAAAGAGGGGAAUCGUUGUUGAAGGGAUCGAACUUAGGCCCAAAGAAAUGUAAACU